UGAACCUUCAACUCUUGACAAAAUGAACUACAGUGUUUUCCCUGGAUCUGUCUAUCCAGGUUGCUACUGGGGCAGUUGUGGCUACCCCUUGGGCUACAGUGUUGGCUGUGGUUAUGGCAGCACUUAUUCACCACCAGGCUAUGGACAUGGAUAUGGAUACUGUGGUUGUGGACCAUAUGGCUACAGAAGAUAUUGGUCAUUUGGACUCUAUUGAUUGACUUAAACAGCUGAGAAUUACUGAGUCUGCAUCUGGUCACCAUCUCUAACACUGCUGCUCUUCUGACUUAGGAUCAUGUUUACUGUAGGAAGAGUCUGAAAACCUGGAAGAUUAUGUUUGGCCAACUUUACAUCAAGCUGAAUGAACUGGCUAUUAUUCAUUUGGAUAUCUCCAGAAUUUCAGCACUUCAACUUGGAGUUCUCAUGAAUUUUUCAUCACUUUGAUCUUUUCUGUAUUCUCAAUCUCUUGAAUUCUCAAUAAACUUGUU